CGCUUCGCUUCUUCCUGUCCUCUCUCAGGCAAUUCGAUCGUUCUUUGCUUCAGUCUUUUUUCACCCUUAGAGCUGUUGUGUAUUUCCGCGAUAGAACAAGAUCUAGAAGACUACCAUGGCUACCUCCGCCCCCGCCCCCGAAUACCCCGCGUCGACUCACACCCCCCGCUAUCUGACCGGCGACGGCGCUGGCAUUCGGGAAUUCAUCGACAAGUUUGAUGUCUUCCUCUUCGACUGCGAUGGCGUCCUCUGGUCAGGCGACCACAUUUUCCCUGGCACGAACGAGACCCUCGAGAUGCUACGGAGCAAAGGCAAACAAGUCGUCUUCGUAACCAACAACAGCACCAAGUCUCGCGCCGACUACAACAAAAAGCUCACAGCCCUGGGCAUCCCCAGCACAACCGAAGAAAUCUUCUCCUCCUCCUACAGCGCCUCAAUCUACAUCUCCCGCAUCCUCACCCUGCCCCCCAACAAACGCAAAGUCUUCGUGAUCGGCGAAACCGGCAUCGAACAAGAGCUCAAAUCCGAGAACGUGCCAUUCAUCGGCGGCACCGACCCCGCCUACCGCCGCGAAAUCGCCCCCGAAGACUACAAAUCGAUUGCGUCGGGAUCCUCCGAGCUCCUGGACCCUGAAGUCGGGGUCGUUCUGGUCGGGUUGGAUUUCCAUAUCAAUUACUUUAAGUUGGCGCUCGCGUACCAUUAUAUUCGUCGGGGCGCGGUGUUCUUGGCUACGAAUAUUGAUUCGACAUUGCCAAACUCUGGGACGUUGUUUCCGGGGGCGGGGUCGAUGAGUGCGCCACUGAUUAUGAUGUUGGGGAAGGAGCCGGUGUCUUUGGGGAAGCCGAAUCAGGCUAUGAUGGAUGCGAUUGAGGGGAAGUUUCAAUUUGAUAGGAGUAGGGCGUGUAUGGUGGGGGAUAGGGUUAAUACGGAUAUUAGGUUUGGGAUUGAGGGGAGACUAGGGGGUACGUUGGGGGUUUUGACGGGGGUUAGUAGUAAGGAGGAGUUUGUGGGGGGUGAGGUGAGGCCGUCGGUUUAUCUGGAUAGGUUGGCGGAUUUGUUGGGGUGUGAGUGAGAGGGUAUUAUUCGUGGUGGGGUGGUAUGGGAGGGUCUGGAAUAUAGAUAACAUUACAGGUAGUAGUGUCUUCGAGGUAUCAUAGAACGUACAUACAU